UACGUAACGUAAUAAAAAUGUGCAAUACAAAGAAGCAUUGGAAAUAAGUGUAAAAAAAAAAAACAAGAAAUAACCAAAAAUACGAAAGGAUUAAUUUAUUAGGUCCAGCCAAGGAAGCAACGAAAUGUUACCGCAUAUAAGCGCCGACGAGGCACAGCCGUCUAUGUCGCGAAAGGUGUACAUCAAUCCCAAUUUUCAGCUGCAAGGUCAAACGGUGCAUCAGCUGCCGUUCCAAGUGCCCUUCCAGGCGUUCCAGACGCCAAUGCAGCCUCAGCCCGCGAUCCAUAUCAAUCCGCAUUUUCUGCAUCGCCAGCGGGCCAUGUACGACCAAUACCAGCGGGAGCAGCAGGAGCUGCUUAUGAUGCAACACGUUUCCGCCUCGCACUAUCGACUGGAUCCAACGAUACCCCUACUGGCCACUCCACCUCCUCCGCCAGCCAAGAUCAUCAGCAAAGUGAGCACGUGUCUCGUGCGCAAGCCAUUGGUGAAGGCGAUUGGUCCGGCGGUGAAGCUCGCUGCUUCAGUACCUGUGCCCACUGUUUCCAACCUGGUGCAGCCUCCAUUGGUAAGCAUUUCCAAGCGGAAGAUUGUGCGGCAAGGAGCAUUGAAAGCAGCGCCAGCGGCUGCUGCCCCCCAUCCUCCUCCACCUGCCAAGCGCACUAGGUACAAAUUAGUGCGUUCCUUAUCACUUACCUGCACACCGCUGGUCAAGAAGCGUCGUCCUCUUCGCGAGUUUGUGGGCCAGUACGCCCUGAGACGUACCAAUGAAGCGCAGCCCAACAGAAAACUGAGCUCCAAGCCCCAGGUUUUGAAGCUGGGCGUUAACAAAUCCCUGAGCAUGGUCAGCAUACACGGUGUGAUGUACAAGAAGAUAUCGAAGAACAAGAUAACCAAGCUGGAUGCCAGUUCCUCCGUUAGGGUAGCCAAAUCGGAGAGUCCCAGGACCUUGCAGCGGACCUUGUCCGGCAGAACGCUCUUCGUCAGCGGCAAUAAGUUCAUUCUAGAUCCUUCCGGCUGCCGCCUGACCAGAGUUCCAACCUCAUCAACUGGUGGUGCACAGAGUAGCAAUCGUAGCAUCCUGCGGCGCAUCGAUAUCGGCGGCCUCACCUACGUGGCUUCGCCAAAGGCACUGAAUGUCUUCGUACGCACCAGCAAUCACGUGUCGCGAGCUCAUUUAAUCACCGCCAAACAGAGAAGCCUGACAUUGCUCAACAAAUCCUUGGUGAAGACCAAUGUGCCUUGUGCCAUCUUCCAGAAGCUGGGCAAGUGCGUUGCCCACAAUCGUGGCAAGUGCCGCAAGCUGCACGACAAGCGACAGGUUGCCAUCUGUGUCAGCUUUCUGCGCGGCGAGUGCACCAAGCCCGAAUGCCUGCUGUCCCAUAAUGUCACGCUGGAGAAGAUGCCCGUCUGUCGGUACUAUUUGCGCGGUGUUUGCGUUCGCGAAGAUUGCCCUUACCUACACAAGAAGCUGAGCAGCAAGACCGAGAUUUGCAUUGACUUUGUGCGUGGCUACUGUCCGUUGGCUGCCGAGUGCAACAAACGUCACGAGUUUGCCUGUCCCGAGUUGGAGCGCAAGGGCAAGUGUGAGUUGCCCAGGUGCGUGUUCUGUAAGAAGUCGCCAUCAAUGCGGUUGGCCAAGGUCAAGUCGCGUCCCAAACUGGGUAGUAAACCUGUCGCCGUCGCGGAUGCCGCGAAAGAACCGUCUAUAGCGGAGGAGUUGCCCACCAGUUCACGGUACUUUGGGUCCCACAAGGAACCAGCGGAAGCAAUAUUGACUACAGAUGAGGUGGAAGAGAAACCUGAAGCGGAGGAUGAGGAUCAGACGGAAGCGGGUGCCCCUUGCCCUCGACGGCGUCCUCAACUGGGAACUCUACCCUCUUUUAUUCCCUUAGGUGGCGAAGAAGAGUUGUAAAGCUAUGCGAAUGCUAUGGACCCAACGUUUCAGGUACAAAUUAAUUCGGUUAAGUAUUGAUUUUAACGUUUAGUCUAAGAUUUAACUUUAGUAGCUUAGUUUCAAUUUUUAAUAAAAUAUUCAAAAA